AUGGACGACCUGGAGAAACUAGAACAUUUGUCCUUGGUGUCUAAGAUUGUGACAGAGUUAGAGAAUCAUUUUGAUAUCAACGAUAAAGAUGUCGCCGAGUUUAUAAUAAGUUUGGCCAAAGAGAAUCCGACGUUUGACAAGUUCAAGAAGGCGUUGAUUCAGUUUGAUUUAGAUCAGGUAAGUCUUUUUCUUCUGUUUCUUGGUUUUAGGUAUGAAUGUGGAUUUGGUUGAUGUAAAAUUGAGUUUGCUUAUAAUUUUUCUUCAAAUUGAAUAAAGUUAAUAUUUUCAGUUUAAUGACAAUCUUAUACAACAUUUGCUGCGUCUUGUAGUGACAAUGGAACCAAAGAAAGGGACCAAAAAGCAGAAAUCUCCGCCACGUGAAAAGCACAAAGAAGAAGAUCCGGAUCAUUUGUUUAGGACGAUUGCCGAUGAAAAGGAGGAUUUGAAGAAAAUGUUACCUGCUUUAGCUAUGCCAAACGAACCUCAACAAACUUCGGAGAGUUUAUUGAGUGAGUUGGAGAGUCUGAUGCCGGCUUGGAAAGGAGAACAAGAUUCUAAGAAGCGAAAAAGAAGCAGAUCAAGGAGUCCACAAGAUAGAAGAAGGUCGAGAGAACGUGAUCGUAGAAGGGAUUCUAGGGCAAAUGGCGGUAGAAGACGAUCAAGAUCAGGUGACAGAGAUAGACGGAGGUCAAGAUCUAAUGACAGAGACAGUAGAAGAAGAAGAGACAGAUCAAGAGAACGAAAAUAUUCACCCAGAAGAGAUGACAGAAGGAGAAGAUCUCGAAGUCCGAGGAAACAAAAAUAUUUUGAAGAAGUUGAAGUUGGCCAUAUUUAUGAAGGAAGAGUAAAUAAUAUUCAAAGUUUUGGAGCGUUUAUUCAAGUAAGCUUAAAAAAAUAUUAUUGAAUUUUAGUUUUUAGGUUACCUUUGGAAGUUUUCGUUUUGCUUUCUAUAAUAAGUCUUUUAUUUUUAGUUAGACGGAUUCAGAAGCAAAACCGAAGGCUUAUGCCACAUUUCUCAACUUCGUGAUGGUCCCAAGAUCAAAGAGGUGACAGAAGUCGUGAACCGUGGAGAUCGAGUAAAGGUGAAGGUCCUCAAAAAAGGCGAGAAAAUCAGUUUAUCUAUGAAAGAAGUUGAUCAACGAACUGGAGCUGACUUGAAUCCAGUAGAAGCUCCGUUGUCUGAGGACGCGAUUGGUGUAGCCGACCGACGUCCAGAUGCACCAUGGAUGAAUCCGGAACGCGACUCUGCCGAUCCUGUAGCUGCUGUAGCAUCUUCGAGUAGGUCCAGGGUGAGGUUGUCAACUCCAGAACGAUGGGAGUUACAACAAAUGAAGGGUGCUGGAGCUAUCACGAUGAUGGACUUCCCAGACUUUGACGAAGAAAAGGGAAUUCUGAAUAAUCACGAUGAAUCGGAUGGAGAGGACCUGGAGAUUGAGUUGGUGGAGGAUGAGCCGGCUUUUUUGAAAGGUUUUGGCAAGCAUGUACAAGAGAUUGAGGCUGUUAAGGUGGGUUUAUACCUAAAAUAAUGUUGUUUUGAACUUGAUGUUAAAAAUUCUUUGUUUUUAUUGAAUUCUACGGACUAUUUUGACCGUUUUAGUUUAAACUUUUAAAAAAAUUUAGGUAGUGAAAAACCCGGAUGGAAGUUUAGCUCAAGCUGCUCUAAUGCAAGGAGCUUUGUCCAAAGAACGCCGUGACAUGAAGAUACAACAACAACGUGAAAAAGAAGGUCAGAAGCCACGCGGCGGAGUCACUGGCUCUAAAAUCCUCGACCCAAUGGCACCAAACGAAAGCCGACACGAAGAGGACGAGCCGGCGGCCCCAAGUCGAGGACGUGAAAUGCCAGAGUGGAUGAAACACGUGACAGCUGGCGGUACCGCCACAUACGGCAAGAAAACCAGCUUAUCAAUCAAGGAACAACGUGAAUCGUUACCUAUUUUCCAACUCAAAACCGCAUUACUUCAAGCCAUUCACGACAAUCAGAUUCUGGUCGUAAUCGGUGAAACCGGAUCAGGAAAGACGACUCAAAUGACACAAUACCUGGUGGAAGCGGGCUACGGAGCACGGGGUCGGAUCGGAUGUACACAGCCGAGGAGAGUGGCCGCAAUGAGUGUGGCGAAGAGAGUUAGCGAAGAGUUUGGCGUACGAUUGGGUCAAGAAGUCGGCUACACGAUUCGUUUUGAGGAUUGUACAUGGUAGGGUUAAUGGCUUAUUAUGUGGGAAUGGUGAGGUAAAAAAUGAAGAAUAUAAUUUUUUUUGUUAUCAUUUUAAAAAUUUAAAAUCCGAUUUCAGCUCCGACACGAUAAUCAAAUACAUGACGGACGGUAUGCUCCUACGUGAAUGCCUCCUCGACCCCGACCUCAUGUCCUACUCAUGUAUCAUGCUGGACGAAGCUCACGAACGGACGAUCCACACCGACGUACUGUUCGGCCUGCUGAAGGCGGCCGUUAAGAAGCGGCCCGAACUCAAACUCAUCGUAACCAGUGCUACGCUGGAGAUGGAGAAGUUUUCGGAAUACUUUUUUGGCGCCCCAACGUUCACGAUCCCCGGCCGAACGUUCCCCGUCGAGAUAUUGUACACAAAAGAACCGGAAACUGACUAUCUGGAUGCAGCUCUGAUUACCGUGAUGCAGAUUCACUUGACUGAGCCUCCAGGCGAUAUUUUGGUAUUUUUGACCGGUCAAGAGGAAAUCGACACGGCUUGUGAGAUUCUGUUUGAGCGGAUGAAAAAGUUGGGCAGUGAAGUGCCGGAUCUUAUCAUUCUACCGGUUUAUGGUAGGUUAUUAAGAUUUUACUAUGGUUUUUGAUGUUAUUUUGAUUUUGGUUAAAAGUUGUGUUUUUGAUCAAAGUUAUUAUGUUUUCUAUUAAAAUGUUAAAUUUUUUGAAUAAAAACACUAUUUUCAGGUGCCCUACCAAGUGAAAUGCAGACCAGAAUCUUUGAGCCAGCACCGCCAGGCCAACGAAAAGUUGUGAUAGCCACGAAUAUCGCCGAAACCUCUCUUACAAUCGACGGUAUCUACUACGUGGUUGACCCGGGCUUUGUAAAACAAAAGAUAUACAACCCCAAGUCAGGCAUGGACUCACUGGUCGUCACUCCCAUCUCUCAAGCCGCCUCGAAACAACGCUGUGGACGUGCCGGCCGAACCGGACCCGGAAAAUGUUAUCGAUUGUACACGGAACGAGCGUUCCGCGACGAAAUGCUACCCUCCCCCAUUCCCGAGAUCCAGCGAACCAAUUUGGCAUCCACCCUCCUCCAACUCAAGGCCAUGGGCAUCAACAACCUACUAGAGUUUGACUUUAUGGACGCUCCACCGGCCGAAGCCAUGAUCACAGCUCUCGCUCAACUGUACGAUCUCUCCGCCCUGGACGACGAUGGCCUUCUCACCAGGCUUGGCCGAAGAAUGGCCGAAUUCCCGUUAGAACCGUCCCUAUCGAAACUUCUCAUCAUGUCGGUCGACUUGAGCUGCUCGGAUGAAGUCCUAACCAUUGUGUCGAUGUUAUCAGUACAAAACGUCUUCUAUCGGCCGAAAGAGAAACAAGAAAUGGCAGACGAGAAAAAGUCCAAGUUCCAUCAACCUGAAGGUGAUCAUUGUACUUUGUUGGCCGUCUACAACUCGUGGAAACACAAUCAUUUCAGUCAGAGCUGGUGCUUCGAGAACUUUAUUCAAGCCAGAACGUUGAAAAGAGCUCAGGUAAGAGUUUUUUAAGUUUUUGAGGAAUUUGUUACCUAAAAUUUGCUUUUUGAUUUAUAUUAAAUUUAAAAAAAUAAAAAAGUGCUACCUAAAAUUUUCAAAAAUGUAGUAGUAUUUUAACCUUUGUAUACUAGCCAAGCCUAUUCUACCCAAAAAUCCACAUACUACAACAUUAAUUUUUAGGACGUGCGAAAACAGCUCCUAACCAUCAUGGAUCGCCACAAACUGAACAUAAUCAGCUGUGGGCGCGACGUGCAACGUGUCCAAAAAGCCAUUUGCUCGGGCUUCUUCCGAAACGCCGCCAAACGCGACCCCCAAGAAGGCUACCGCACCUUGGUCGAUGGCCAAACCGUCUACAUUCACCCCUCCUCGUCCCUAUUCCAAAACCAACCCGAAUGGGUGUGCUACCACGAACUGGUCAUGACCACCAAGGAGUACAUGCGCGAAGUCACGCUGAUCGACCCCAAAUGGCUAAUCGAGUUCGCCCCCUCCUUCUUCAAGUUCGCCGACAACACCAAACUCUCAGCCUACAAAAAGAACCAACGCAUCGACCCGCUGCACAACAAGUACGAGGACCAGAACGCGUGGCGAUUGUCACGGCUCAAGAAGAAGAUCUACAACCCCAAUCGUUAA